AUGACAAUAGUUAGAUCAAUAGCAAAUUCACAAAUAAUUUCAACACUAAGUAAUCAUAGUAAUAAAUUAGUAUUAAAUACAUUUUUACCACUAUGCUAUGGUUAUAAAAAAAAUUAUUAUUACCAAAAUGCUAAAAAGUACUAUUCAACCACCAAUACAAAUACACAAUUUGUGAAUGAAGAGUUUAAUAAAGCUAGAAAAAUGAUUGCAAAAGAUUUACAUAAGAAAACAUUAGCAUCAAUGGAGAAAGCAUAUGGUAUAAUGACAGAAUAUGAUAGAACUACAUAUAAUAAAUCACCAUUAGCAUCAUCAUUAGGAUCAUUUAAAGAUAGUAUUGAUCAAUUAAAGGAUAACUCAUUUUUAUUGGUAGUUGUUGGAGAAUUCAAUAGUGGUAAAUCAUCAUUUUUAAAUGCAUUAUUAGGUGAUAGAUAUUUGAAAGAAGGUAUAACACCAACAACUCAUAGAAUCAAUAGAAUUGAAUUUGGUGAAACGAUAUCACAACAUACGAUUCCAUCAAGAUUAAGCAAUACAGAACAUGAAAUCAUUCAAUUACCAGUGGAAUGGUUAAAAGAGUUUUCAUUAGUAGAUACACCAGGUACAAACGCAGUGAUUGAAGGUCAUCAAGAGAUCACUGAACAUUUCAUACCAAAGAGUGAUUUAGUAUUAUUUGUAACUUCAAUCGAUCGUGCAUUCAGUGAAAGUGAAAAAAUAUUCUUAGAAAAAGUUAAAAAAUGGGGUAAAAAGAUCGUAGUAAUCAUUUCAAAGACUGAUCUCAUUGAAAAUAAUCCACUCUCUUCGAAUGCACAAUCUGAAUUAAAUGAAGUCAUUAAUUUUGUAAAAGAUAAUUUUAAAUCACAAUUAAAUGUUGAACCAAUGAUUUUCCCAUUAAGUUCAAAAUUAGCAUUAAAAGCAAAAUUAGAAUUAUCUUCAUCAAUUAAUAAUUUAAAUAAUAAUUUAAAUAAUAAUAAUAAUUCAUCAAAUAUAAAUUAUAAUAAUUUACUAUCAUCAACAUCAGUUGAACCAAAUAAUAUCAAUAAUAAUAAUAAAUAUACACAAAAGUUUUAUCAAGAAUUAGAAAAUAAUAUUAAUUGGAAAAAGAGUAAAUUUUUAGAUUUAGAGAAAUAUAUUUUACAAUCAUUGGAUAGUAAUGAACGUGUGAAAUUAAAAUUAUUAAAUCCAUUGGGUGUUGCAGAUAAAUUGUAUUCAGAAUUUGAUGAAGAAUAUCGUUCUCAACAAAGUGUUUUAGAUUUUGAUUUUGAAAAUAUUAAUUUAGCCGUGGCACAAAUUAAUGAACAUCAAAUCGAUUUGAAUAAGGAUUUACGUCACCAAUUGGAAAGAAUUGAUACUAUACUCUUGAGAAUGGAGAAUAGAGCCAAUACAUUUUUAGAUAAUGAAAUUCAGUUUAGUAAUCUUUUGAAAUUGUUAAGAGGUGAAGAAAUUAGAAACCAAUUUGAAAAACACGUUAUCGAUGGCACCAAUCAAGAGAUUGAACAAUUGGUUAGAAAUUUAGUUGAUAACAUUGUCGAUAAGAAUACGAAAAGAUGGAAAUCGAUCAUUGAUUUAAUCAAUCAGAAAUCAUCAAAUAAAUCUCAAAAAGUGGUUGGUUUCAUUAGAGACACUCAUGACUCUAGUGAUUUCUCUUCGAAUAGACAACAAACUAUAAAUGAUAUGGGUGAAAGAACCACUAAAACUUUAUCAUCCUAUGAUAGAGAUAACGAAUCUUUAUUGGUUAGUCGAGAUAUUAAAAAUGCAAUCUAUCAAGCGAUUCUAUUCGAAGCUGGUACCGUUGGUGUUGCAACCAUCCUUUCAACAGCAUUCUUUGAUUUAACUGGUGUUUUAGGUAUUGGUGCUUUAGCCAUCACUGGUUUAGCUUGGGUACCAUUUAAAAAAGCUCAAUUAAAACGUUCCAUCUCUUCAAAGAUUACAAAUCUUCGUCUUCAAUUACAUGAUACCAUUCAAGAUCAUAUUGGUGAAGAAAUUAGGAUUAGUUCAAAUAAAAUUCAAUUAGGUAUUCAACCUUAUAUCGAUUUUACAAAUAAUGAAAGUAAAAAAAUUAAUGAUUUAUCAAUUAAAUUAGGUGAAUGUAAAGAUGAAAGACAAACUUUAAUUUAUGAUAUUGAAAAAUAUUUUAAAUAA